UGUUUUAGUCCAAAACGCAAAUAUUCUUCAUUCAUUCAAUUCCUUUGAAUCUUGUUCUCUCUAAUCUCUCUCACUACAAUGGAGACUCCAUCAUCCACAGCAAGAAGAAUCACAAGAUCCCAAAUCGCCUCCAACAACAACAUCCCCGUUUCAAGAAAAAAGAACGAGGACUGCUCAGAAAAGAGCGUUUCAAAAACGCGGCAGAGAAGCAGCGUGCAACAGCAGGAACGGUGUGCGCUGGUCGACAUAUCGAACGAUUCACCGAUCGCGGGGCUGGCGAACGGGAAGGACAUCAUUGAGACGCCGUUGUCGUCGAUGGCGAAGAAGAAGAGGGUGAAGAAGACGAUGAAGACUCCGGGGUCGGGAGAGGCUCUGCUGAGGGGCCAGGUGAAGACCCUCUUGCAGAGAGUGGAGGAAGAGGCUGUGAUUUCGAAGCUAUCGAUGGAAAUUGUUGCACCCUUUCUGAAACUUGCGAAUUCUUCUCCAAUGUCGCUUCUUGCGCCCACUCCCGCAAACACACCACAAGUCCCCAAUCUUUCUGAAGUGGCUUUGGUGUCUCCACCUUCUAGUGUGGUUGAAGAACAAUUGAUCUCUCGGGUGGUGAAUGAAAUAUUUGAAGGGAAGAAGAACGAGAAUGCUGAAUGUGAGAAGAGUGUGAUAACCAGGUCCUUGCUGUUGGACUUCUCGGACAAAUCCGAGGUUUCAGAAUGCUCUUCUGAGGUGACAUAUCAGGAAGUGACACAAGGAAGUGUUGGUAGCCGUGGGUCCACCGAGGAUGAUGGUGCUUCCAUUUGGUCCAUUCAGGUGAAUGCGAGCACGCAUGACGAAGAUGAGGACGAUGAGGAAAUGGGUGAAGAGGAAGAAGAAGAAGAAGAAGAUUAUUGCGAGGAUGCUGAAGAGUGUUAUGAUUAUGUUGGAGGGUUGUCACUUGAAGAGCUAUGUGCUGGGAUGAAUAACAUUAGUGUGAAUGAGAACAAGGGUUGUGGGAAGCACACGAGGUUUGUGUACGAUAGUGAGGAUGAGAUUGUGGAGAAAGUGAUAGAAUGUUGUGCUGAGUCUGAUGUGAUGCGUUUGAAGGGUUUGCCAACACCCAAAGGAAAGCACCUUCGCUUUCCUCAGGAGGAAGAAAAUUCCUCUGACUUGUGAUUUUUGAUAAUUGGUGCUGCUGCGGUUUGGUUUGGUAUUGUCUUUCUUGACACCACUGUUUUGGUUAAUGGUGUGAUUGGGGAAGCUAAAUUGCUGCUCCAAUAAACACAACCAUUGUUAUUUUUCUUUAUCAAUAAUAAAUAAACCAUUGCUUGUUUAAACAUAA